UACAGUUGGAUGUGGAAUUGCGAAACGAGGCAUGGCAGCAGUUGCGGAUGUCCUCACUCUCGUCUUGGGUACUUUGGGACUGGCGCUGCUCAUCCUGUCCGCCGGGUCCGACUGCUGGAGGCAAGAUGCCAAGGAUCCCCUCUCUUCAGUGGGCCUGAGUGUCCGGUGCCGCGGCUUGUGGAGCGAGUGCAUCUUCGAUAAUGUGGCCAACCUCUGGACCUGCGACAUUCCCAUUUCCUAUCUCAGCAAACAUCCAGGCGUCCUUGUGGUCACUCGGGUCUUGAUGAUCCUCUCCGGCUUUAUUACUCUUUUUGCUCUGCCAACAUUCAUUGCUGGGAUGGAUUGCACGAAGCUGUUCCAUGACAACGUUCCUCUGAAACAUACGUUUUCUCUUGCAGCUGCGAUCCUAUUUCUCCUGGGAGGCCUUUCCGGAGCAGUUGCUGUUUUUUGGUACGGCAUCGACACCAUCCAGAAGUACAAGCUGGAGGUCAGCUUGGGCAUCCCUGGCGUGACUUAUGAGCUUGGCUAUUCCUUCUGGGUGGCAGUUGCUGGGGUGGCGAGUGCCACUUCCAGUGGCCUUUUGUUGUCGGUUGCCUACUGUCUUCGAACCCAGAGCCCAAGGAAGAAGGAGCCUGUCUUCAAACGAAGGUUGUGCACUUAUCUGUGAUCCUUUCUCUCACCUCUUAUUAAACCAGGACCUUGUAGGGUC